AACGACCAGUUGUGAAUGUGGGCCAUCUCUCUCCCUCUCCUGUGCGCAGUGGUGCUGAUCGGAGAGUCGGGGGUGGGCAAGAGCAACCUGCUGUCGCGCUUCACCAAGAACGAGUUCAACCACGACAGCCGCACCACCAUCGGCGUGGAGUUCAGCACCCGCACCGUGCAGAUCAACAGGCUCACCAUCAAGGCGCAGAUCUGGGACACCGCGGGCCUGGAGAGAUACCGCGCCAUCACCUCCGCGUACUACCGGGGGGCUGUGGGCGCCCUGCUGGUGUACGACAUCUCCAAACACCUCACUUAUGAGUCUGUGGAGCGCUGGCUGAAGGAGCUGUAUGACCACGCAGACCCCCACAUCGUGGUCAUGCUGGUGGGCAACAAGACCGACCUGUCGUCCCUGCGGGCAGUGCCGACUGAGGAGGCCAGGGACUUUGCAGAAAAGCGGGGACUGCUGUUCAUGGAGACGUCGGCCCUGGAGUCCACCAACGUUGAGACGGCCUUCAACAACGUGCUGGCAGUCAGGGGACAGAACAUCCCGACGCGGCUCCGAGAUGAAACUAACGGGCGCGAUGAGUCCAGGCAUCUGUUUUUGACAACUGGGAAACAGCCUCUGCCCGUCCCGGUGACAGAGGAGUACUGA